GGACACGUGAAGAAAAAUCUCAUCAUACAAUCACACAACAGAACAGAUAUGAUGGAACCAACCAAAGUGUCCACCAGCUGGCACUGGGAUUACUUCUAACAAUGGAUGCACAACAGGGCUUCAGCAGUGAAAGCUCUGAAAACCAGCUGUUAGACUUCCUUAGAGGCACAGCUCCCUCCUGUGGAUAACCAGCCACUGCUGCAUGGAAUCCAGAAGCUCCUUCCAAAGGGAGAAGAGCAGUGAGCAGAUCUUUAGAGGAUUCCAGGUGUGUGCCCUUAUGGAGAGAACAUUCUGCCUCUGCUGGAGGGUGAAAGUAGGUGUGGAUAAGGACUAUAAGGAGGACAUGUGGAGAAAUGCAAGUACGGUACCCGUGCUACGCUGGCUGAGGGCGAAGGCAUGGCCGGUCCCUCGCUGUGUGCUGCCACCACCGCGGAUCUGCACAAGGUGCCCGGCUUUGGAGAGACCAAAACCACACAGUGCUCCUUUUCAAUUGAGAGCAUAUUGGGACUGGAGCAAAAAAAAGAUGGCAUUCCAGCUGGGAAACCUCACAGACCCUGGAUGGAUGCGUGCACCGGCUUAGUUUUAGGUGAUGACAGUAAUCCCCAUCUGCAAAUCCCUGUUUGCUCUGAAAAUCCAUUUUUUCAUGCUAGAAGUGAUCCAGUGCAAGAGGAAAAAGUUUUGAAAUGUGAAAAAUAUUUUUCAGUCACUGAAAGGCUGUCUUUCCAACGAGAAUUGAGCUGGUACAGGGGUAGAAGACCAAGAACUGCGUUCACUAGAAACCAGAUUGAAGUCUUGGAAAAUGUUUUUAAAAUGAACUCCUACCCCGGCAUUGAUAUAAGGGAAGAGUUAGCUCGCAAAUUAGGUUUAGAUGAAGACAGGAUCCAGAUCUGGUUCCAGAACCGUCGUGCAAAGCUGAAAAGAUCACACAGAGAAUCUCAGUUUCUAAUGGUGAAAAAUACUUUCACCUCCAGCCUGCUAGAGUAGAAGGAAGGAUGGCUUGCUGUUACAGUACUACUACAGAAAAUGAAGAAUUAUUCAUAACCUGUAUUAAGUAAUGGUAGAGCAAUUAUGAUUUUAUGCCCAGAUUUGAAAGUUUAUUAUAAUUUUCAUUCAAAUAAACUGUAAAUAUUUGAAGUAUUAUAAUAAUCUACUUUUUGUGGGAAAACAUUUUGUAUAUGUUUGAGUAAGUAUUUUCAGAGAUUUUGAGAUAUUUUUGCAGUUUAAAACAAUGCAAACCCUAGGUUGCCAAAGAAUAUCAGCUACCAUGAAUUACUGCAGAUGACUUGACAAAGCUUUAUGAUUUUAGAAGAAGUCUGUUUCAAGUCUGAUAUAAACCAUAUGCAAAGUAGAUUUUGCUA